CUCAGAAGCUGUUUUAUCAUGUCCAGACUGUGAUAGCAUGAACCCAAACAACGCUUGCCAUUUGCUGAAGUGUAAAAAACUGUUAGACUUCUUCUACAACAGAUCUGCAAGAGAGAAGACACUAAACCUGAGCUUUUUUACUCCUUUUUUGUCAUUGUCAGUGUGCGUUUAACCUCUGUUGAGUUUUUAGGAUGUUGACAUGGACCAGCGUUUUGUCUUCGUGUGCUUGUGUCCUGAUGCUGUGGACUUUGUUUUCACCUCCUCUGGUCCAGGCCUGUCAGGACGAUGAAUUACCGCGUGACAUGGUUCUUGGCUGGCUGAAAAGACGGAUCUUAGAAGGUUUGGGGAUGGAUGAGCCUCCUCUGCCGGUGCUGCAGCUGCCAACGAGGCCGGCGGUGGACAGAGUCGGCCAGCAUGCAGCUUCACGAAUGAAGAGGGAGACACGAGUGGAAAGAAGACGCCAUCAGGAGUCCUCACAGGUCAUUCUGUUUCCAGGCUCAGAGUCUACUUGCAAGGAUAUGCCUGAUCACUCCUCUGAUGCUGCAUCCCGUCACUUUACUUACUACUUCCAGCCCUCUCUGGACAGCCUGGACUCCGCCAUCACGUCUGCCCACUUCUGGUUCUAUGCCGGAGAGGCCAUCGCUUCCAGAAACAUCUCGGCACCCCUGUUCAUUCUCACUCCUCACCAGGAGCUGCUCCAGGCAUCUGACAGUCCAAUCAAACGCAGCCCUGACGGCUGGAUCACCUAUAAGUUGGAUGUCCAUCUCCACACUGCCAUGGCUGAUGGUCCUUUCAUGCUGCAGGUCCGCUGCCCGUCCUGCAGCUGCUACGAUUCAGAAGAUAAAACUCCCUUUCUGCACCUCCACACCCGCUCAAGUGGCCCUGACCGCUCCCGCAGGGCACCCAAAAUCCCCUGGUCACCCGCUGCUAUCGAAAAGCUCAUGAGACCUGCUUCUGAGGACGCAGACUGCAGAAGAAAACAGAUAGAAAUCUCCUUCGAGGAUCUUGGCUGGGACAACUGGAUUGUUCAUCCGAAAGCUUUCACAUUUUACUACUGCCAUGGCAACUGCUCCAGCGCCGAGCGCACGACCACCCUACUGGGGAUCAGCCAGUGCUGCGCGCCCGUCCCAGAGAGCAUGAAGUCCCUGCGCUUCACCACCACCUCCGACGGGGGAUUCUCGUUCAAGUACGAGACCCUGCCUAACAUCAUUCCAGAAGAGUGCAACUGCAUCUAACACUGUGAUCAAAGAAAAUACUGAGUGGAUCAAGAGGAUACUUUAGAUAGAUAGAUCGAUAAAGUGUAACUUUAACUUUAUCAAAUGUGACCCUGCAAUAACAUGAAAACUCUGUUGAUACAAAAAUAACAGUUUAAGUAAAAACUUGCUUAAUAACUUUUACAGAUCAUAUAUAGCAUUUGAUUUUUACCUUUUAAUUUCUUUUUGGAAAUAAAGCAUUUUGUACUAAAUUAAACAGCUAUUUGGAAAGAAAAGCAUCUUAACCAUGCAUGAUUUUUUAAAAUGCACUUUACCUAUUUCAAUAAAGAAUAAAUGUUUG